GCCCAAUCCAACAAGCUUACAGACUCGAUUCCAAUGUGACUACGACUGGACUAUGUCAGUUGUCCAUUCCAACAUUUGUCGACUGAUUCGAAGAUGUCAGGAGGUUAUUUCGAAACUUUUGAAUGGAUUCAAAUCAUUUAGGGCCUGCUCAAGGUGGAGAACCCGAAGUCGAUGCCGGGGUUUGGAGGUCUCAGUUGCCGCCGGAUUCUCGGCAUCGAAUUGUCAACAGCAUAAUUGAGACAUUGAAGAGGCACAUUCCUGUUUCUGGUCCUGAGGGAUUGAAUGAGUUGAGGAAAAUUGCUGUAAGGUUCGAGGAAAAGGUUUACAAUGCCGCAACCAGUCAGUCAGAUUACCUAAGGAAAAUAUCUCUGAGGAUGCUUACUAUGGAAACCAAGUCUGGGACGACCACUGCAUUACCAUCAGUGUCGGGCCCCGUGUCUUCCAAUCAACCUUAGUCAGAGAACAUCCACAAUGACAAUGUUUCUUCUAAUGUAUUUACCAACUCUCAGAGGCCAAUAUACUUUAUUGGCUAAUAAGGUAAA